AUGACUGCACCAACCACAACAGUAACAACCGUAGUAACACCAGCAACAGCACCUUUUACACCAGAAGAAGAUUUCUUUUCAAUAGCUCAUCAAUUAUUUGAUCAAUAUCGUACAGCUAUUUUUGUACUCACUGGAACAGUAAUGACAGCAUGGUUAUAUAAUAAAUUUUGGGUGAAUCGAAAAUUUUAUCCAAGUAUGCAAUUGAUGCCAGGUAAAACUGUCGUUAUUACAGGUGGUAAUACUGGUAUUGGUUAUGAAACAGCUAAAGAUCUUCUUCGACGAGGUGCUCGAGUUAUUAUUGUUUGUCGUAAUAUGGAUAAAGGUCGUCAAGCUAUUCGACAAUUAUGUUUCGAUACUGAAUGUGAAGAAAAAAAUAUUCGAUUAAUGGAAUGUGAUUUAUGUUCACUUGAAUCCGUUCGUAAUUUUGCUAAUUUAUAUAAUAGUGAAGAAGAAAGACUUGAUGUAUUAAUAUGUAAUGCUGGUCUUGCUUGGUCACAACAUGUCGUUACAAAAGAUGGAUUUAAUUCAAUUAUUCAAGCUAAUUAUCUUGGUCAUUUUUUAUUAACAAAUCUACUUUUAGAUAAAUUAAAAAAAUCUCGUCCAAGUCGAAUUAUUAAUGUUUCAUCGGGUUCACAUAAAAGAGUUAAAUCAAUUGAUUGGUUUGAUGCAUUUACACAAUUUAAAAAUUGUCAUCUAUUAGGUGUAUAUGCAACAUCGAAAGCAUUUCAGAUAUUAUCAACUUAUAAAUUAAAACAAAAUUUACUUACCGAAGGUGUUAAUGUAUUUGCAUUACAUCCUGGUUGGGUUUGGACAUCUAUUCAAGCACCAAUGCGAGAAGUUCUUGGAAUUUAUCGAUUUCUUAUUGUCUAUCCAAUAUUAAGUUUGUUUAAAAUGACUUUUGCUAAAACACCAAAGGCAGGUGCACAAACAACUAUUUAUUGUGCAGUUGAACCUUCACUUGAAUAUUCACCAGAUCUCUAUUUUAAGUAUGUAUCUUUCAUUCAAAGAAUAAGGUAUCGACAAUUCGAAAUUUAAUCAAACUGAAGCGAAUAUAUGAAUGUAGAAGAGUGUAAAGAAGAAAAAGCAACAACAAUCAUACUUAUACUCAAGUCAUAAAUACGAGUUUGUAUUCUAAGCGCAGAAUAUACGCGUAGAAUGUUUCUGUAACUUUUGACUAUAAAACUAUACAUAAAUCUUGACUGUAGUUUACUGAACAGUGAUUCUUUAUAUAAAAAAUGUUGCCGGAAUGGAAAGUUUGGUUAAUUUAUUAAAAAAAUGGGAAGAUUGUGACGUAUGGUUAUUUUGCGCUGAAAGAACGAAAAUAGGAAAAAUGGCUAUUUUUUCUUACGAUUGAUUUCAUAAAAGCCUUUACUCUUUCAAUAUAUUUUGAUAAAAUUUUGUCGCUUGUUUAGAACAAAUUUCAUUUAUAGCUCAAUAGUCAAAAGUCAUAGAAAAAUUCUAAUCAGGAAACUAUUCCAAUUGACAUCCACCAUUUGAGUUAAUGUUAGGUUCAGACAGAAGUCUUGGGCGCCUAAUUUAUACUGAAUUUCGAUCAAAAAAUUUGUCUCUGGACAGAUCUAAUGACUCUUAGAAAACCUUAACUACGUCACUCACAAAAAAUGUUUCCUCGUCGAGUUAUUGAGUUCUUAGUAGAACUUGAUUUUUUGUAACAUGUCCAUGACAAAAGGUUAUUUUUGAAAAUUUUAUAUCUUGACGAAGAAACAUUCUUUUUAGCUAAAACUCUGAGAAUACUCUAACAGUCAUUAGAACUAUCUAUAGACAAAGUUUAAGAUCGAAACUCCAUGAUUUGAUUUUUCGAGGAUUACCUAUAAAAUGAGUCGAAAAUUUAGUAAAUCUGUCAUAACUUGCCUCCAUAGGUCUAUGAAAAUGAACCCUUAUAGACUUUUGAUAGUCUCGUCCAGACCUCUUUCUGGCCCUAAUAUGAGCUCAAACAGUGAGUCUCAGUUUGGGCUAGUGUCCUGCAACCCGGUCGGGUACCCGGCACCCGACCCGACCCGGCACAUGGGUUCGGGUAGGAAACUGCCGGGUCGGGGCGGGUACCGGGUACAAAAAAAAAUAAGCGGUGG